CUAGCCGAAAAGUUCAAUUAUUUUAAACUUUAAAUUAUCAGUGAAAGAUAUUUUUGCAUUUUUGUUUUGUUUCCCUUUUUACGAAUAGCAGAUACGCCAGUGGACGAAAAAUUCAAAUAACUACCUACAAUAUUCAGACAGUCUGUCACAGUUUAGCGGUUGAAUCCAUUGAACUAUUGACACAUAGAUGGCGCCACCUGCUUGUCGACCUUGUAGCCAGAUUGUUUUUCAGCUAUGCUACUCUCCCUCAGGGUACCUCCUUACUUUCCCCUUUUUUAGCACAAAUUACUUAUUGCCACAUCAUUGCCUGUUUUUAUCGAAUGUCUUGAAAGCAGUGUUACGGCUCAUGAUGUUUAGUUAUCUGUUUCACAUGAAAAACAUUUAGUGAAUAGCUAUUGUUUAUGCAGUGAAUACUUUUUUGUCCCUAGAUGUCCCGAAGAAAAUAUCCAUCUGGCAUCGAUGUUUGCUGUUGUUUUGUUCUGUCAUAUUGUGUUGUCAUCUUGUGAUCUUGUCAUUACGCCUACAUCCGUUUGUUAGGAGAGGUUGGCGGCUUUGCCCUUUACAUUUUUAAUUUUUUCAUUUUAUCUGUGAAUGUUUUGUGUAUUUUAUAGUGUCGGCAUUUACCCCGCAAUAAUUUUCAAGAAUGAUUUUUGCAUUUUAAAUUCUAGCUCAAAAAAUAUGAGUAUACGUUUAGAUAAGGAUGUUGGAUAUAUUAACUUUAUGGGAAAAAGACCCAAAUGAUUAAUACUUUAUAUGGAUUUGCAAUAUUUUUUUUCGUAUUUUGGUGUGCUAUGUGGUUUAUUCACAUAAUUGCGAUAUGUUACGGGUAAGUAAAACCAAAACCGGAUACCUACAACUCGGAAAAACGUUCACAAACGUAACAAAACCGUUUCAUUUCAGUAAAUAUAGACUGCACAAAAAGGUAAAACCAUUACCUUCUGAUGAACCUUAUCCUGGUGUCUCAAUUUUAAAGCCUUUGAUGGGGGAAGAUCCCCAUUUAGUUUCUAAUUUAGAGACGUUUUUUACAAUGACGUAUCCUGAGUAUGAGCUACUUUUUUGUAUAGAAGAUGAAAAAGAUCCAGCAAUAGAUGUAGUCAAUGCUCUCAAAGAGAAAUAUCCAAAGUUAAAGCAGAUCUCUAUACUGGGGGUUCCACAGUAGGUACAAACCCAAAAAUCAACAAUAUGAACAAAGCUUAUGAAGCAACUAAACAUAAUUUAAUUCUCAUAUCAGAUAGUGGCAUAAGGAUGAAGGAGGAUACUCUUCUUGAUAUGGUCAACCAUAUGACUGACAAAACUGGUAUAGUACAUCAAAUGCCUUUCACAUGUGAUAGAGAUGGCUUUGCAGCAACAUUAGAAAAGAUAUACUUCGGUACAGCACAGUCGAGAAUGUACUUAGCAGCAGAUUGCUUAAGAGUGAACUGCCAUACAGGAAUGUCAACAUUGAUGAGGAAGGCUGUUUUAGAAGAACAGGGGGGCCUGAAAAUAUUUGGCUGUUAUUUAGCUGAAGAUUUUUUAUCGCCAAGUCUUUCCUUGAAAAAGGAUGGAAAACUGCCAUUAGCGGUCAACCAGCAUUACAAAAUUCUGGUAUAUAUGACGUCACCAGUUUUCAAGCCAGGCUCACUAGGCACGUUAUGUUGAUGAUGUCCUACUACCACUUCACUUCUAGAGGGCCGUCCACACGUCCAUUUUCAUACUACUCGUCGUACUACGGAAUUUCUUCAAGAAGCAGACGUUAAUGUUUUGCCGCGAUCACCCCGUUCACCGGAUUUAAAUCCCAUCGAACAUGUGUGGAAUAUGAUGGGGAGGAGACUAUCCACUUUGCAAUUAUUUUUUUCUGAGGUGGGCGAAGUUACGUGUAGCAAUGUUACCAAUGGUGAUAAUUUUAGAACCGCUUUCUGAAUGUAUGGUCAUUGGGGCAUGCGCUGCAUGGUCGGCAAGCUUUUUAUUCCACUGGGAACCACUAGCUUUUUACUUAGUCCAUAUUUUGGUAUGGUUUUUAAGUGACUGGAUUCUACUAUCUAUAGUACAAAACGGUACUUUACCUUUCAAAAGAUUCGACUUUAUCAUAGGCUGGUUAUUCCGUGAGUGUUCUGGACCAUAUCUGUUUCUUCUUGCAGUGUUAGAUCCUACAAUAAAAUGGCGUAAUCGUGUUUUUAGGCUUUCUUGGGGUGGUAUUGCCCAGGAGAUCAAACCGAGAAUCAAGUGUUAACUUUUUUUACAUGUAUCGUGCAUAACAUGAAUUGUGAUUUUUUUUGUGAAUAUUUUUACCUUAUUUGUCCAUACUAUAUAAUAGGAUGAUUGAAUGUUUUGAAUAUAUUUCUUUUGCGUAUA